AUGGCCACGCCGCUGACGGCGAUCCCGGACCACAUCCAGGAGGAGAUCUUCCUCCGCUUGCCUACCGCGGCCGACCUCGCCCGUGCCUCCGCCGCCUGCGUCUCCUUCCGCCGACUCGCCACCGGCCGGUCCUUCCUCCGCCGCUUCCGCCGCCUCCACGCCCCGCCGCUCCUCGGCUUCCUCCAGCGCGACCACUUCGUCCCGGCCCUACCACCUCACCCCUCCGCGCCCGCCGCCUGCGCCCUCGCUCUCGCCGCCGACUUCUCCUUCUCGUUCCUCCCCUCCCACUGCCGCUGGAUCGUGCAGGACGUCCGCGACGGCCGCGUCCUCCUCGGUCGCAGGUUUGAAAAGGACGACCCGUCUCCGGUCUUCCGGGAGCUCGCGGUGUGCGACCCCUUGCACCGGCGGCACGUCCUGCUUCCCCCAGUUCCUGACGACCUGGCCCAUUGGGUGGUGGAGCACCAGGUCUACAACCCUUUCAAACCUUUCCUCCUCCCCCUCGCCGAGGAGGAGACGGAAGAGACAGCAUUCAGAAUCAUCUGGAUGGCGCAUUGCAGAACUAAGCUGGCCGCGUUUGUCUUCUCUUCGAGCACCGGAAAAUGGCAAGCCACCAAGGGCGGGCCGACUGGUUUGGUCCUUGACAGGGGCGACUCGGCCAUAAUGUCACGGAUCCACCCUCAUUUUCUCAUGCGCCAUUACGCCUAUGGCUGCUUCUACUGGGACUGGCUGGUGACCGGGAGUAAAAAGUUGCUCAUGCUUGACACCAGGAGGAUGGAGUUCUCCUUUGCCGACCUCCCGCCCGGAGAAUGGAGUAAACAUGUAGCCAUUGUGGAGGCAGGGGAAGGCAGGCCUGGGAUUUUUGGGUUCCAUGGUGAAAUUGCAUCUGAUCUCAGCUAUGCCAUUGCGCAAAAGGCAGGCGAGAGUCCGAGCCAGUGGCAAAUGUUGAAGACAAUCUCACUAGACCCUGGAUACAUAUAUUCUAUUGAUGCUGCUACGGGAAGGUAUUUGCUGUUGGUUAGGACGGCGGCCUCUUCUGUAGACAAUUUGGUAGAGAAUUCACUCAUCGAAUAUUUCUCAAUGGACGCCAAGAUGUUGCAGCUUCAGAGGGUUUGUGCCAAACAAUGCUCGCUUAUGUAUAAUGGGACACACAUAUAUGCCGACUUCCCACCAUCAUUGUUGUCUUCAUGGGCAAUAUAAGUGGUAAAAAUUUCUAUUCCAUCCUGUCCUUCACUUUGUAAUUAUCACACAACCUGUGUAAUGCUUGACUUUUCAUUACUAUUAGUUUUAAAUUUUGAUGGUCAAGCUAAUGUAGCAGGAAUACAAGUGUUGAUCCAGUUUGAAUUGUUUGAACCUCGAGAAAGUUCAUUGAGUCAUGCAUAACUCAUUUUGUACACAUUUCUUUUGAUAGAUAUAAGGCAUGGCAAAAGUUUUC